AUCGAUCAACUUGGAACUGGAACAGGCUUACAAACUUCUGGCGCCCCUGAUACUCCAGGCGUUCCUGGUAAUCCAGGCGGCUCUGUUAAUGCUGCCGCCCCCGGAACUCCUGCUGGUGGCCCUCUGAAUCCUGGCGGUCCUGGUAAACCUGGUUGUCCUGGUACUCCUGCUGGUGGCCCUUUUAAACCUGGCGGCCCCGGCACUCCUGCUGGUGGCCCUCUUAAUCCUGGCGGCCCUGGUAGACCCGGUGGCUGUGGUAGACCUGGCGGUCCCGGCAAUCCAAGUUCUGGCGGCAGCUUACACGGUAGUGCAGUAUCAUCCGAAGGUGGGAGCAAUGUGAUUUUGUCUACAGAAGUGGUAGUUUUCCUCGUCGUUUUAGGUGGUAUCUUGUUGUGCUGUAUGGCUGCUGGCCUAGCACUCUGUUGCUGUGGACGAAGAAGUCGUAACAGUAGAGACAAGCGAUGCCGGAGAAGUACUCGGUAUUCAGGCAUCAGCGAUGGUCGUGGGAGCAGUAUCCUGACUGCGUGUCAGGAUGAUUCAGAAGAUAUGGAGACAGAAAAGGACUUCAUUUUUCGUUAUACAUAGAAGUCAGUUGAUAAGUCUUGAACAAACAUCUCUUCUGUCCACUGAACAAUAGAGUACCCAAAAUGGAUUCGAUCAAGACUAGGGUUUAGGAUUGAGAUUCUUACUUUCGUGAAAUGAUAAUCCAUGAUCAUUAUAUUGUUCCACCUGUCACCUCCUACACCGGUAGUUUCUUCCUUUCAUUGAAAAAGAGGAGCGUCGACGCAUCAUGGAAGGGAGCAGCCGUUGUAGUAGCAGUCGCAGUAGAAGUAGUAGAAGUGGAGGUUCUCGUAGGAGCGGCUACAGUUGUCAAUAUGGACGAGGAGGAGAUAGACGUGAGAGCCGACGAGAAAGCAGUUACAGACGUGAAAGUCAUCGUAGUGGAAGGAGUGGACGGAGCCGUCGUGGGUCGACCACCUCCAGACACGGAAGGUCCUCCUCCCGCAGAAGCGCAAGAAGGAGUGGUGCAAGUGAUGAGACAGUUAUGACUUUUGUCAUAGUCUAUAUAUGAUAAGGUCUGAGGUUAAAGGUGCUUUUCUUACCGCUUUUUGUGCCUCUCCUAAGGGAGAAAGGCAUAACAAGCGGGGUAGGCGAGCACCAAAAACCUACCUCUAGUAUAAGUCAAAUUUUUUUUUGUUUGGUACUCUACCUCUAGCCGUAGCUUCAUCAUUCUAGCACUGUUCUCUCCGCUUCAAAGCUUGUUUGCUGCAUGAACAUGAUGCCAACGAUGGCUGGGCUCCCUACCCUCGUCCCACGAAGCACUUGUCAAGUUCAAAUGUACUAAAUUUAAUGCUUGUUCACAACUUCAAUAAAAAAGUGUCUCAGAAGAACAAGUCGAACCGAUCUACAUUUUCUAGCCCUAAUCCACACCAUUCUUCGCUCCCCAGUCGCGUUUCCUGGUCGGAACAGGAGAAUUAUUCAGAUCAAGACGCUACAGUCAGCGACUGUCCCAGUGAUCAGACCUGCUACAAACCGAAAGGACGAGGCGGCAAUAAGCAAUCUUCUCCUACGACGAAGAAAGGUUCGACCGGCAGCAGACGAAGCGGAAGGGGUCGUAGAGGAGGUGGUGAGAGGAGAAGAGAGAGUUAAGGUGGAAGAGGCACGUGAUGUUUUCUAUACUAGUUAGUGGGUAUUCAGGAUAGUGACUACCAUGCUAGGUCUGUAGCGUUGGUUCUUGCUCUUCACGGCUUAGUACGUUACUGUACGCUUCUUGGAAGAAAUUCCUCGGGGCCUGGUCUCAACGCUGGUUUGGAAAAUCAGAUUGCAGACACAUGACAUAUCCAUUUUGACUGGGCUCGCGUAGUACUGCCUCAUAGGACCAUCGUACCUUGCGGCUACGCGUGAUCUGCUUGCCUAAGAACCAUUUGAUGUAUGUAAAUGCUGAGGAUAGACACCGCUAACUCGCAAGCCACCGCUCUUCCAGCUCUCGUCGAUCAAAAAACGAGUCGCAAAGAAGUACCAAGCGAGACAAUGCUGGAGUAGAGUGGUCAGACCCAGAGGAAAUGGGCACGCGGCUCCAGCGCGCCGUAAAAGGCAGAGACACGACUGUGCGUUUAUUGCCUGGCUGGGAGCAGCACAAGGCAAAUCGAAGAGAAGAUGACGACUUAUGAAUGACGCAAGAAAAGCUACAGCUUAAUGCUCUUUGCACGUUUACUGCAACAUUGUUGAGCAAAUCUUAGAUUUUUUAUCCGAAUGGAUAGCUGACUAGUUGAUGAUAAUGAUCUUCAUCUACAGCUCCAGGAGGAAGAUGCCGACGUGUGAUACAACCAGAAUAGAAAUGCUUCUCUAGCACUGGUUCUCUAAAUCUAUCCGAAGAGCAAUCAGGCUCUGAUCAAGAUGAGCAUCGCCGCUUCGUCAGCAUCGCAGCUAGUGGCGAGGGUCCGAGUCCAAAGGGGAAUAGCAGACGAGUUUCUCGGCACAAUGAUGAACACGAGUUGCUUGAUCAAGAACAGCUAGUAGAACUACAAGGGUCAGCACCAUUUAUCGAACAAAAUCAAAGCGACAUACAGCGACAGAGGGCAGCGCAGGGUGAAGUAGACUACACGGGAUUCCAUAAUGUGAACGUGCAGAUUAGAAAUUUGGCCGACUACAGAGGACAAGCAAACCUAGCAAACGCCGAGAGAGCGCGCAUUCGUAAGAGUCAGGUGAACCGGUGGCGCGGUAAGGGUAACGCAGGAAAAAAAUUAAGGAUAAGGUCAUGUUCAUGGAUGUUAAAUAGCCUCAACAUGAUCGCAAAUAAAUUAUUAGCUCAUUCUUGCAAUGAUCAAGCUCAAGGAAGACUUAUAAUAAUACCCUAUAUCCAUAUUAUUUCGCUUCUUCUAAGUACAGCAGAUGACCAUGAAAGAACCUUAGAGGACAACGAUCAAGAAGCAGCGUCAUCAGCAACUACACGCGAUUUGCGAAGUGGUAUCUACGCCCCGAUGGGUGACGAUAUGGAGGAGAGCUCCCAAGCGAGCGUUUUUUCGAAUGGAUCUUAGAUGGAAAGAAAUUAGUUCUCCUCAUCUUCGGUCUAGUGAGGAGAUUUGAUGUUUUUCAUGAGAAUAUAUUAACAUCGAUUUAUAUUUAUGAUAUUCAUCAUCAAAAACAACAUAUUUACACGAGCACAGAAAUCAUCAGACACGACAGACAUUCACAUAUAUUUAUAAUUUACCGAGAAACACUACCACAAAGAAUAGCGUAAUCGUAGCUAUCACAAGGCAGAGGACAAUUUCGACACACUAUACAUUCAUAGCAACGCAUUGUUUCCCCCUCCGAAUUACGACUUGCUACAUUCACGAUGAAAAGCAUCAAUAACAUGAUUGCCCAAUAAUUGGCCUAGUGGCUCCUCUUGUGCGGACAGCCGAAACCUAAGCGCAUUUUUUCGUGGCGGAAGGGGGAUCAUGCCGCGUAGAUUGAAGAUAGAGAUACAUUCUAACGUUUCAUAAUGCACAUUUCUACGGGCUCUUUUUUCCCAGCAGUAUGUAUUCUAAGACGAAGCAUUUAGAAAAGAAACCAAUACGGCAAGCGUCAAUUGUUCAUAUACAAAGACCGUUACUAAGUUAAAUUUCUUCAUCCAUCGUUUCUUCUUAAAACUUCUUCACUUCAGAUUUCACCUCCAAACACGUACAUCAAUCAUUUGGGUUUGAAGGCUGUUCCUCGUGAAAGAGGAUGAAACAUGUUUGGGUUGCACAUAAUCAAGAGACUUACUUUAAUCUGGUUUUCUUACUCUCCCAUUGCAUCAGCAUGUGCAUAUUCCAUCAGAUCCUAAUUCCAUCGCAGGAGUGUCGCCGCAUUGUGCCC